AUGGAUCCCCUCGGAGCAGCAACCCUUUUUCUGGUCAUCUGCCUCUCUUGCCUGAUGGUCCUCUCAACAUGGCGGCAGAUGCACCGCAAAAGCCAGAUGCCACCUGGACCAACUCCCCUCCCCUUCAUCGGGAACCUGUUCCAAGUCAACACAAGUGAUAUGUACCGUUCACUCAUGAAGGUAACUUUCUGUAACAGAGCUUUCCAAACUGUGUGUCACGACACAUUAGUGUGUUGGCUGCAGUGUAUAGAUGUCUCUCUGCUCCUCCCGGGGCUGGAAAGGGGUUAGUUUAAUGCCCAGUUUGCUACUAAUACUGAGUGACUGUGUUGCAAAAUGACAAAGUGUGCUGACAACAUGAACCGUUUGGAAAGCUCUGUUCUAUGAUGCUUCAGAGCACAGUUAUCCAUUUUCUGAAUUGUGGUUCUAAAAUCAUUAUUAUAUGCUGAUGGUGAAUGAAGAUCACUCCAGUCUGCCAGCCCAGCCUUCUCUCUUGUCUAAUUCCAACUUUGAUUCUCCCUCCCCAUCCCUCUGCCUAACGGUGUGUGGGAAUGGAGGGAAGUUCCAAUAGCUGAUAGCCACAAUGGAUCUGCUUUGCCUCUGCGGUUGGAGUCAGAAAUGCCUCUGCAUCCCAGUUUCUGGAAACCAAACAAGGGAAGAGCGCUUAAAGGUUUCCCAGAAGGUAUGGUUACCAGACAUCCCCGUUUCCCAGGGACAGUCCCCGGAUUUACAAAUCUGUCCCCGGACAAAAUCCGUCCCCGGAAUGUCCCCGGAUUUCAUUUAAUGCCCCCGGAUUUAUAUUUUAAGUGUUGUGGAUUUAUUAGUAGGGAAUGAAUGUUGCAUGAUUGGUUCAGCGGCACAAGACACAUCAUAUGGGGACUUCCGGUGAGGCAAAAUGGCGGGCGCCAUGGCAGCGAGCAGCUUCUGAAGCCAGCCAGAUCCAACUGUGCUACCAGGCUGGCUCCAGGCUACUGAGAUGGCCGCUGCUGCCGCCACAGCCGAGGGGGAACUGGGGAUGCCCAGAGCGGGAGCGAGAGCACCUGGCCACCCGGCCAACUGCCCAGUGGUGCUCCGGGCCCAGGAAAACCCCGGAGCAGAUGCAGGGAGAAGGAGGAGGGGAAAAGGAAGAGAGAGAAAGAGGAAGGAGAAAAAGGAGGGGAGACCCGACCUUGCUGUGCCACUGUCUCUGCUGCUGAGGAGGAGAGGUAGGAGAGCACUGGGAGGGCAAGGACACGUGGCCGAGUCCAGGCCCGACCUGAGCCUACUCCACAGUGGCUAGCGCUCCAAGAGAUCAGGCCGGGGCCCAGAGGAAGGCCACGCAACAGAGGAGACCACAGAAGAGAAGAUAUUACUUUAUAAAUAAACAUUUUUAAUAACUUGUUUUUCUCUUUUCAAAAAAAAAAGUGUCCCCAAAUUCUUUGAACAAAAUCUGGUAACCUUACCAGAAGGGGCAUUUGAUUGGUCACUCUGAGAACAGGAUCCUGGACUCUUUUUAACCUGAUCCAGCAGGCUCUCCUUGUGUUCUCUUUUCACAGAUCCGUGAGAAAUAUGGUCCUGUCUACACCAUCCACUUAGGGCCCCGCCGUGUUGUGGUCUUGUGUGGAUACGAUGCCGUGAAGGAGGCCCUGGUGGAUCAGGAUGAAGAUUUCAGUGACCGUGGAGAACAAGCCACGUUGGACUGGUUUUUCCAGGGUUACGGUCAGUCUCUUCUUGGGCAAUUCUUGCCCAGAGCACAUGAUUACUGGCAUUUAUAUGCCCUUUUUAUCAAGCUUAGUACUGGAGAGUCUCAUUGGCCCUUCUCAUGGUCCUAUGUAGUAGAUUAUUGUUAAACCCCUCUUACUGAGGGAAGUCUCUCUCUCUCUACACCAGUGUGGUGUAGUGGUUUAGAGCGGUGGACUCGUAAUCUGGUGAACCGGGUUCGCUUCCCCGCUCUUCCACAUGCAGCUGCUGGGUGACCUUGGGCCAGUCACACUUCUCUGAAGUCUCUCAGCCCCACUCACCUCACAGAGUGUUUGUUGUGGGGGAGGGAGGGAAAGGAGAAUGUUAGCCACUUUGAGACUCCUUCGGGUAGUUGAUAAAGCGGGAUAUCAAAUCCAAACAACUCCUCUUCUUCUUCUUCUUCUUCUUCUUCUUCUUCUUCUUCUUCUUCUUCUUCUCUCUCUCUCUCUCUCUCUCUCUCUCUCUCACACACACACACACCUCUCUUACACUUAGAAUGUUCUCUCAAAAGCUGAAAUUGGGUCUUUCAAACCAGACCAAAAAGCAAAAAAAAAUUGGGGGGGGUCUCCAUACCUUUGUGGUUUCAGCCACAACAUCAUUCAAUCCUGCUCCUUAUUCCUCACUCCUUUGCUUCUCAGGGGUUGGCUUCAGUAACAGGGAACGGGAGAAACAGCUACAGCGCUUCUCCAUCACGACGCUGAGGAAUUUUGGGAUGGGAAAGAGAUCUGUCGAAGAGCGGAUCCUGGAGGAGACCCACUUCCUGCUGGAAUCCCUGAGGGAAACAAAAAGUGAGCUCAGUUUUUGUAACUUCAAGAAAUGUGGCUUCAUGAGGUGAUAGAAAUAGUGAACCGAGUGUUUGAAUGUUGGUCAUAAACAAGCCACUUUGAGAGCUGUUGAUAAACGUUGAGGGCGAAAAUAUCAGAUGAACGAAAGCACCAUUAAACACAUAGUGCUUUCUGCAAAUUGAAACUCUCCCUCUCUCAUAUAAUAUUAGAAGCUGGACUCAAAACCUUGAAGUUGAUCCAUGGUAGAUUCUUAGUAAAUGAAAGGUCAUGUAGUUUUACACAAGGAUGUUGCUGAGACAAUCAGACAAGUGUUCAGAGACCAGGAGUUAGUGCUCAGAAGCUGAGCACUCCUGCUUCACCUCACAUCAUAAGAACAUAAGAAAUUCCUGCUGAAUCUAGCCAAUGGCUCAUCUAGUGCAGAAGUUUAGGGUUUGAAGGGACCACAAGGGUCUUCUAGACCAAUCCCCCUGUGUGAUGGGUUUGGGAGGCCUUUCACAAGAAAUACCUCUGCUCACUCAGAGAUGUCUUUAUUUACAUCUAUUUACAAGAUGCAGAGCAUAGCUUUCAUGCGUCCGAAUUGUCCGUAGCAGAUCCCGGAAGUGGGAGCUUUCGGCUCCUCCUCCAGCAAAGCAGCUUGGGCAAUCCCAAACACCUUCUUGGUUCCCUGCAUUUUAACCGUCUCCGGUCCUGCGCAGAAGGAACUGGCAUUGCAGUUUCUGAGCUCUGGGGGCAGUACUGCGCCGAAGAUUUCAGAUUAAAACUGCAGAGUGGGAGGAAAGGAAGGCCUUUUUCUGCCUCCCCACUUCCAGCUACUCUCUGAAGACUGGAGAAGAGACCCUCGUAAGAAUAUUAAGGGGGUGGGCAGGGGAAGGACUAGACCAUGUGAAAUACGAACAUAAUAUUUUACCUGCAGUUCCUUCACUUUCAGCUUUGUAUUUUUGUUAUUUAAAAAAGUGUGCCUAGACAUUCUGUUGUUGCGCCCAUAACCUAGGCUUAAAGCGCCAUCUAGCUCCUAGCUUUCAUACCUCGGUUUCUAAAACCGCUGGUGCUACCCUCAGAGCUCCUUCUUGAGAAGUCUCUGAGGUCAUGAUCCAACCCCCCGCUCAGCUGCGUGUAAGCUUCUUUCAUUCCAAAAGGAGUUUUUAUGCCCUCUUCCAGGGCUCUUACCGGCAACCCCUUUGGAAAUGGGGUCCGGAUUCUGGGACUUCCGGGUUAGCCCCUCCAGCAAUGGCGGAUUUCCUCUGAUCGGGAGGAAUCCGCUUCGUGAGAAUUAGGGUCUGGACCGCUGCGGCGAGGUGGAGACCCACCAAAAACCACAGGCGGGAGAAGCCUGUGGACGUGGGAUUCGGCUGGCACCUUUUGCGCCUCCCCUACUCGCGGGGAAACCCGGUUUCGGGGAUCCGGAGCGACGUGGGGUGAGUGGCGCGGUGCUUCGAAUCGACUGCUCUUUUCACGGAGUGAAGCCGCAUUGCUGUUGCCAGAGAGCGCUGACUUUUUCCUGCUAAAAGACCAAAUUCCUCCAGCAUCCUAAACGCCCCCCAAGUAAGUCCUCCCCAUUGCAUGGUGCUAAGAGCAGCAUCUUCCAGGAGACCUUCCAGCCUCGAGUUCUGCGUGGCCUGUCCAUCUUGUGGGUGCACUUCCUGGAGGACUGGACUGGCUCACAGCUGAAUGCCUUCCCCUUGCUCUCCACCCUCUGUUAUUCCUGCCUCUUUUACAGGCUCCCGUCCCUCCUCCUCCUUCAGCUCCAGAGCCUUCCCUGCCGGCUUCGUGACACCCUGCAAUUCAGGAAUCACAGCUAAAAAAUCUGUAACAUGUAGCUUACCCUCUGGAGCAGCAGAAAAUGAGCUUGCUCCAUCCUCCAUAUGACAGCCCUUCUCCCACCAUCAGAAACCCGGGUCCGAAUCGUCCUGUCCUGCACUUUCCCUGAAGGCCUUUUGCUCAGGUAGUUUUCUACCACUCCCAGCAUCUUAAGAUGGACAUAAGGUCAACUCCGGUUAGGUUUUCUGUGUCAUGCUUGAGGCCUAGAUUUCAACCCAUAACAUGGAUAAGGCAAGGACUGGACAGCUUUGCAAGUCAAGUGUAGCCUUGACUUGUUCUUGGGCUGAGUGACUUGAGGGGGGGGGAUGUCUCUCUUUCUAGGUGCACCCUUUGACCCCACCUACAUCCUGAGCCGCUCUGUGUCAAACGUCAUCAGCUCCAUCAUCUUUGGCAACCGCUUUGAAUAUAAAGAUGAGGAAUUCCUCUCCUUGCUCACCACUAUGCAGGAAACCUACCAGUUUGUUUCCAGCUCUUGGGGACAGGUAAGUUGGAGGGGAUGGAGAGAACUUCUAUUGUGCAUUUGUGAAUAAUGCUAUUUGUCUUGAUCUGCUGAAAGCAUGGUACACAGGACAGCCAGCUCUGCGUGGGACUCUGUCAUUACCCCCAUGUCCAGCAGUGGUCAAGACUGACUAGAAGCAUAAUUGUAAAUUGUAUUAUGAAUCUGCUUGUUUGGUAUGUAUCAGGGAAUGGAUGAGAUUGGAUAAGCAAGAGGCAUUAGAACUAGAAGGACAUGACAACAGAUUCUGCUGGCACGCAUACUUAUGGUACAGGAAAGGGAAGGUUCAUAGAAGUUUUUACAACCAUAUAAUCAGGAAAUCACUAUGGGUAUGGGAAAGAUACAAAGACUUAUUGGAACAAAAGACCCCAUGGUGGCUUACACCACAUGAAGCAUUACUGCUCAAACCACUUGGAAAGAAAGGAAAAUGGCUCACAUAUGUAGGACCAUGAUGGAAAAUGGAAAUUAAGAGAUUACGAUGAGAUCAAAGACCACUUUCAGAGUUGGUUGCAUUAUCGACAACUAUAUGAAACACAUAAAGAAGAUAGCAAGAAAGGAUUCAGUUAUACAAGAUCUAGGUUUCAAACGGAAGUGAUUGAAGGGAAAGUGAAAUUACUGAAGGCUGCAUACAGCAUACUAUUAGAAUGGGAGACAAAAGAUGAAGAGGUAAAAUCAGUUAUGAUUAAAUGGGCACAAGAUGUAGGUCACAAUAUUAUGAUAGAAGAUUGGGGGAAAUUAUGGAAAACUGAUUUAAAAUUUACAGAUUGUUCCCUAUUGAAGGAGAAUUACAUGAAGAUGAUGUACAAAUGGUACAUGACACCAGUGCAGUUAGGGGAAAUGUAUAAAACUAGUUCAAAUAUAUGUUGGAAGUGUAAGGAAAAAUGGGGGGGGGAUAAGGAUGAUAUGUCUCUGGAUAAUAUGUUUUGUUAUAAUUUUGAAUAAUUUUUUUAAAAAAAUAAAAUAAAAUAAAAUAAAAAGACCGAUCAGAAGCUGCAGCAUCACCAGCUAAGGAGCAAGAUCACAUUCAGGGGUCUGAGUGAGGGUGACUAACAAAGGGCCGCAUUAUAUUCUUCCAUACCACCACAGCCUGGACCACAAUUCUCAUGGGUGUCUUUCAUGCCCGAACCAAAUGCCACCCCCCAGUACAUCACAAAUCCAGGAGCACAGGAACCCCACCAAGCAGGAGACCAUGAAAUAUUAUUAUUAUUAUUAUUAUUAUUAUUAUUAUUAUUAUUAUUAUAUUUAUUUAUUUAUACCCCUCCUAUCUUGCUGGGUUUCCCCAGCCACUCUGGGUAGCUUCCAACAAAAUAUUAAAAAUACAAUCACACAUAAAGAGAGGACAAGUGCCUAUCUUAAGAAACUAAGUUCUCCGCAAGGGGCCAGAACCUGGGAGAGGCUUAAGAAUAGUGUCGACAUUUGUUGGAACAAGCGUCUCACUCUGAGCUCUCCAUGGUGCUGCAACUCCUGAUCUGCCUUGCUCUUUGGUCAGGCUCUGCCUGGAGCAACUUUACAAUGUUGUUUCAAGCACACCGUCUGAUUCCUCUUCAUCCUUGUCCUCAUUACACCCUUGUCCAUCACAAAGGGGAAGUCAAGCCCUGAGGCUGUGUCUGUGACAGGUUUAUAGCUUAGUCAGCACUUGGUACCAAGUUGUUUCUGUGCGGAGCUCAGAGGAACCAAGUGAAAGAGGAACUCCUGCUUCUGCCUGCCCCAAAAAUCAAUCUCAAGUCACUUUGUUCAAUAUCUUUUUUAAAAAAUAAUUUUUAUUAAGUUUCAUAUUACCAAAUUAAACACAUCAAACCAAUUAAUCCAAAUUAUAUCAAUACAUAUCAUAUAAUCCAAUUGUUUUCUAAAUUUUAAAUUUUUGUGGGGGUACUCAUGCUUCUUGAUCGGCAGGAGUCCAAUCCUCGAAUAUUUGUGCUGCUUUCAUCUUAAGAAUGAUAUUUCCAGUCCCCUCUUCUCAAUCCUUGUCGUUACUCAUUUUCCUUUUCUUUUUUUAAAAAUAAUAAUAUUUAUUAGUAGUUUCAAAGUUAUAAAGAAAAGAGAAAAAUUAAAAAACAACACUAUAAUACAUAGAAAAAAAAGAAAAAACACAAAAACCAAUACAACAAUACAACAAAAAGAUAAAAAGAAAAAAGGAAAACAAAAGAAAAAAGAAAACAACACAAAUCCCAAAUUACAUAUCUAUAACUUCCAUUUGCUUGUUUCAUUGACCUCCUCACACCUCCCUUUUUGUAUUCUAGUUUAAUUAGUUAUUUCAGCAAAUUCUUUCCAUCUUUCUCAAUUUUUGUUAAAAAGUUUAUCUUGACAGUUUAACUUAAUAAUUAACUCAGCAAAUCCUUUCCAUCUUUCCCCAUAUUCUGUUAUUCAAAUUACCUUAAUUUAUUUAAUCUUAUCUUACCCUAAAAUACCUUAAAGCUUGAAUCUUAGUUUUCAAAUAUACAGAACUCCUGAUAUCAUUUCUGCUAGAGUCAUAUAGUUUCAUUCCAACAUUUUCCCUAAUAUUCAUUAAUUUUAAGCUAAUUCCCUAAAUAGAAAGUUUUCUUUAUAAAUUUUCUUCCAAUCUUCAUCCAACGUCUCCUCUUCCUGGUCUCGGAUUGUGUCAGUCCUUACUGUCCAAUCCAUCUAGUCCAUCAACCUGGAAGCCUUAUGUCCAUGGAAGCUUUCCAUGUCCCUUCUACAUUUCUUCUUCUUGUUGUUUAUACUUGCCUUUUUCCUUGUCUUUUGUUGGUCUCUUUCUUAAUUCCUUUCCUUUCUCAUUGAGGAGUAGUUCUCUGGGGGAUUCCAACCCAGAAUUGUCUCCAUCUCCCUUCAUCAAACCCGCCCAUUCCCCAAAGUCCCACUCCCCACAGUCCUCGAUAAAAUCCAAAAAGUAUUUAAAAGCAUAUUUCAAGGUCUCUCCAAAGUUAGGAACCUCCUCAGCACCAGACUCCCCCUGGCCCAUUCCAACUUCAAUCUUCAGUGACAGCGGCUUAUGCUCCUGUAGGGCCUCGGGUCUCUCCAUUUGUAUUAUUUGAGGUGCAACCGCAUCCUCCUCCAUUAUCUUCUGUACUUGCCCAGUCAGUACAGAUUCAUGAGUUGGUCCCUGAAUAAUUUCUGUAUCAAUGUUCCCUGCCUGUCCACAGUCAUUAACCACAACAGUCAAAUCCAUUUUUUCAUUCAUCAAGUCCAUCUUCUCAUGCAUCUGCUCCAACAGGGCACUUGUCUUGCACAAGGCAAGCACCCAAUCUUCCUCCCAGCUCAUCUUUAGUGAAGGUCAGAAAAGACUGUUCCCACGAUCUUAAUCUCACAGCUGCUGAGUCCUCAAGUAUACUGCUGCAACAAUUUAACAAUCUCCCUCUAGAGGAGGUAAUUUCUAUUUGUAUCCAUUUUUUUUUUAGGCAAGUCCAACAAAGGAAAAUUACUUUCAUUUUUCAGAUAUUUUUCGGAUAUUUUGUUUCUUUAAGAUGCAAAAGGGAACAUUGGAAUCAGCUUGUUUCUCUUCUUUAACUAUCUGUCAAAAUAUUCCAUUCACAGUCAAUGAACCUCUCCAACAAUUUCUGUCACUGACACCCCGUUCCCAGGUUAGAGACGGUGGAAACUUAUCCCUCUUCACUCCCUCUCCUGCAGGGGUUAAACAAAGUUCCCCCCCUUUUCUCCUGCUUCCAAGGGGGGUUCAGUAAUUCUGAAUGAAGGAAAUUUAGACUUUUUUGACAGCUUUCCAGGCUUUAGCUUACGAAGUUUUUGCUUUAGUCUAUAUACAAAAAGCAGAAGGCGGACUUCCUGUUUUGAACCUUCCCGCUUCGAUGCCAAAUUAAGAUAUAUCUUGAUCCAAUUUUCCAUUUCUACUCACGGGUACUUGUUUUAAAUCCAAUUGUCCACAGGAAAAAGUCAGCGCUCUCCGGCAAUGGCUGUGCGGCUUCACUCCGUGAAAGUAGCAAUCAGUUCGCAGCACUGCGCCGCUCACCCCACUUCGAUCUGGCGCCCCAAAAAGUCUUAUUUGUGUUUCUGUGUGGACUUUGUACUGCUUUCUCGUAAAUCACUCUCAUCCAAUAGUCCAGGCAUUUCCGCUCGAGCAAGCAAUCGCCAUUUUGUCGUUCCGAUGAAAUACAGUCUAAAAGCUCGCUCUUUAACUUUCCCGACCUGUUGCAUCAUAAGUUAGUCUUUUUCCAGGAGGGCUGCCCCUUCCAGAUCACAAUCGCCUCGAAAAUAAUAAAUCUUCGGCUCGCCCUCCCCAAGACCAAACCUCCUGCAACACAGGUCUCAUAUCACAUCUCCAUUCUAACUGCAUCACAAAGAGAGCCCUUCUUCUUUCCAAAUCCUUCACAAAGUAAAACCUUUAAGUUCAUAUUAUUUCCACACAGUUCAUUUUUAGUCCCAUUUGCAAUUAGUUGCUGUGACGGAUCUUCUAAGAGGGAGGGUUAUUAGUUAAUCACAUAGAGCAAAAAAAUAAAAAGUCGUUUCCCCCCCCCUUCAGUUCCGUUGCAUUCCAUUCCACAUACCAUGUCUGUAGUACUUUGAUGUAAUCUUCCGUCUCAGUCUUCUUCAUUUCAGUGGUAAAAUUGUAAGCAGAUAAAAACCUCCUGCCUCUCUUGAAGCAUGUGCGUUAUCUUUCACCAAUUUUUUUUCCCUUUUAAGUAACGCAACUAGUUUCGCACCUGGAAGCAGCUUCGGAGGAGUUCCGAGGCCCGCCGAGGGUUGUGCACCCAGUGCCUCACCCCCUCCUUCUUCCGAACUCGGGGGUGAUUUAUGGCAACAGCGGGUGAAAACUGCAUCUCUCCCCCCUGGAGAGAUGAAGGGAGACUGAUUUACUCCCCAUAAUCAGCCUCUAAUUACCUCGUGCGGGCUGGAUAGAUGUUAAUAUCCGCCAUCUUCCAAGGCGCCCCUAGCGGCCCUCCCACUUUGUUCAAUAUCUGUUCUCUCUCUUCCUCCUGCCAACGCUGCAUUCCUCCAAACCCAUCACACACAGCUCUACGAGAUGUUCUCCGGCAUCAUGCAGCACCUGCCUGGCCCACAAGAGAAAGCCUUCAAGAAGCUCUUGCUCAUGAAAGAGUUCUUUGUGAGGAAGAUAAAAGCGAACAAGGAGACCCUGGACCCCAACAACCCUCGGGAUUUCAUUGAUUGCUUCCUAGUGAAAAUGCAGCAGGUAAGAUUGUGUUCUUCUAAGUACGAUGGUCAAUUUCUGUGUGAGGGAACUUUGUAGACCCUGUUUCAACCAGGGAAAUUUUGAAACUUGGAUGGCUUUAAAAGAAGAUUCAACACAUUGGCCAAUUGGUGCCAAAGAAGGACAGAACUUUCUUCAUGUAUGCUACAACAGCAGCAAGAAUUCUUAUUGCAAAGUAUUGGAAGACACAAGAUUUACCCACUCUGGAAGAAUGGCAGAUGAAGGUGAUGGACUAUAUGGAACUGGCGGAAAUGACUGGCAGAAUCCGAGACCAGGGAGAAGAGUUGGUGGAAGAAGAUUGGAAGAAAUUUAAAGACUAUCUACAGAAAUACUGCAAAAUUAAUGAAUGUUAGAAUGAUGUUGGAUUGAAGUUAAAUGGUUUCUAGCAGCAAUGUUAUAAAGGAAUGUGUAAAAGUGGAUUGUUAACAGGUGAUAAUCUAAAGUUACAAUGUAUUAAGAUAAAAGAUUAAGAUAGAAUCAAAGAGGGAAAGGAUUUGCUGAAUUAACUAAUUUGAACUGGAAUACAAAAAAGGGAGGUGUGAGGAGGUCGGGGAAACAAGCAAAUGAAAGUUAAGACAUGGAAAGACUAAUCUGUUUUUUAACUGUUUUUAUUUUGUAUUUUCAUUUUUCAUUUUUUUCCUCUUUUUAUUUUUUCGCUUAUUUUUGUAUUAUGUUGAAACUUUAAUAAAUAUCUUAUAUAUAAAAAAAAGAAGAUUCAACACAUUGAUGAGGAGAGUUCUAUUGAAGGCUGCUGGCCAGGAUGGCUUUGCCCUACCCUCCAUGGGUUGGUUGCAACCAUGCUUCUGAAUACCGGUUGUUGGAAACCACGGGAGGAAAGAGGGCUCUUGUGCUCAAACCCUCCUUCCCAGUGGGACAUCUGGUUGGCUGCUGUGUGAACAGGAUGCUGGACUAGGUGGGCCUGAUUAAGCAGGCACUUCUCCUUUGCCUCUGUAGCCUUUCUGCACAAAGGGACUGUGUGGUUGCUCCCUCCCACUCCACCCAGCCAUCUGUUGCCUACACAACCGUUGGGCUGCUUUUCAGAACUCCACGACUGUUCCUUCCCCCCUCAGCCAAUCAUUAGGAGAGAGAGCUUCAUAGAAAGGAGGCAGUCAGGUGGCGCUGUGGGUUAAACCACAGAGUCUAGGACUUGCCAAUCAGAAGGUCGGCGGCUCGAAUCCCCGCGACGGGGUGAGCUCCCGUUGCUCGGUCCCUGCUCCUGCCAACCUAGCAGUUCGAAAGCAUGUCAAAGUGCAAGUAGAUAAAUAGGUGCAGCUCUGGCAGGAAGGUAAAUGGCGUUUCUGUGCGCUGCUCUGGUUCGCCAGAAGCGGCUUAGUCAUGCUGGCCACAUGACCCGGAAGCUGUACACCAGCUCCCUCGGCCAGUAAAGCGAGAUAAGCGCUGCAACCCCAGAGUCGUCCACAACUGGACCUAAUGGUCAGGGGUCCCUUUACCUUUAUCUUUACCUUUACUAAGAUAUAACAAGUGAAACAUCUUUUUUUCUUGUUUUUCUUCUGCCUAGGAAAAGGAAAACCCAAACACAGAGUUCUUCCAAGAGAAUCUUGUUAUGACAGCCCUCAAUGUCUUUUUCGCUGGCACAGAAACGGUCAGCACCACCUUGCGCUAUGGCUUCCUGCUUCUACUGAAAUACCCAGAGAUCGAAGGUGAAUGGGGAAAGGGCUGGAAAAGAGGGUGGAGAGGUGUGUCCUUGCCUUUCUAUGGGAUGGUCCCUCUUUGUUUUCCCAGCUAUGAGGUGGGAUCCUUGUUUAGUUCCCUGAAGGUGCAAAUGGCACUUUUGGUCACAUCUUGCUGAUUUCUCAACAGAGAAGGUCCACAAAGAGAUUGAAUGGGUGAUUGGCCUGAAUCGCAUUCCCAACAUGGAUGACCGUCCCCUGAUGCCCUAUACGGAUGCUGUGAUCCACGAGAUCCAGAGAUUCUCAGAUCUGGUCCCAACAGGCGUAGUAAGACGUGUGACCCGUGAUACCCAGUUCCGGGGAUACACCAUUCCCAAGGUAUUGUGGUUCUAUUAAUUCCUGAGACGAAGACUCUGCCAUUCAGUAUAAUCUCCAGACAUAUUUUGAAGGGUGACAAAAUUCCCUUAGGUACCUCUGUCCCUGACCUAUCUGUCAUCACCGCUCUAGGGUUAUAAGAGUCAAAUCCAAAAUAAGACCAGAAGAGCCUGUUAGAUUUCUGUUAUGCCACUGUGCAGUUUUUGGAGUCACAAGACUCUGUUUACAUUCCAGACUGUUGGAAGUCUCACGGGAGACAGAUGUUGAUGUUACUGGUUUCCUGUUUCUUUGUUCCAGUUGUUCACUGAUUCUCACAGAUAGUAGAUGCAUAUUCUUUUCUGUCCUGCGUAGUUAGAAAUAAAUGUAGCGAUGUAGCACACAUUUCUUGGCUCCUUCUACUGUUUGGAUACUCUGCGUAAUGGAGGAGUGUGCCUGAAGCCUCAUCAAAGGCUUAGGUUGUUAAUCACCGUCGGAGGAGGAGAGCCUGAUGGAUUCGGAAGAUGAAACAAGGAGGAGAGCCAUUACAGCUUGGUCGUACUGAACCUCCAACAGAGCCCAGCCAGAUGACACUGUGUUAAGGCCAUUUCUCUUGGUGCCUUCUUCCCCAAAGGAGUGGUGGUGGGUUUUCUUAUGAGGCUGAAAGGUGGCUUAGUUCUAAUUCUCCAAAAGCUAUGGUAUUUUUCUUAGAUGGAGUAGCUGUUAAUUUAACUUCAUGAAGGCAAAGUUAUUACCAACCAGAUAACUGUGGGAAGGCCACAAAAACAGGACAAUUUAAUAAUCAUUGUCAUCGUCAUCAUCUUCUGCAUAUUAGUACUGGAGGGUGGCUAAUGGAUCGUCACAGUUGUCUGCAUUUGGGGACUCUCCUCAGAGGUGCAUGGCUGUGGAGGCCCCCAUGAUAGUUUUCUGCAGUACAGAACUGACCAGUACACUACUGGGUCUGGUAGUAGAUAACAGGAUUUGCUCCUCCAAAUCUCAGAAUGAUUUCUUGUCACCCAGAAGAAUCUUCCAUUUCUCCCAUCUCUUCUCAUUUCUCUCUGUUUCUUGUUCAGGGGACUGAAGUGUUUCCCAUGCUCGGGUCUGUGCUGAAAGACCCCAAACAUUUUGCAAGACCAGACGUGUUUGACCCCCAACAUUUCCUGGAUGAGAAUGGGCAGUUCAAGAGGAAUAAGGCUUUUAUGCCUUUCUCUGCUGGUGAGUGAGUCCCCUUCCAUUUCCAAACACUCCUUAGUUGUCUAUAACGGCACUGUGAAAGCCCAUAUUCACCUUCCUCCUCUUUCCUAGGGAAGCGCUAUUGCUUUGGAGAACAUCUGGCCCGAACGGAACUUUUCCUCUUCUUCACCAGCAUCCUGCAGAACUUCCGCUUCAAAUCCCCCAUCCCUCCUGAAAAGAUCGACAUCUCUCCCAUGCUGGUUGGCUUUUUCAAUGUCCCACAUUUUUAUGAAAUGUGCGCCAUUCCCCUCUGA